CUCCACCGAUGCAAGAAACCCAUCCACGCGGCACGCAGUACGCACGCGCCGCGCGAUGUCAUGGUGCUGCUCUCCGCCGCGGCGCUGGCGACCCUGGCGGCGGGCAACGGCUUCUGCCUCUAUCGCUUCCUCUUCGCCAGGCAAUACCACGCCUGGAGAUUGGAAACGGCUGCAGACUUGCAGGCCUUGGUACUGCCAUCCUUCCGUUGCCCCAUCAGCCAAGAAGUCAUGCGUGAUCCUGUGGUGACCUGUGAUGGUCAAACCUACGAGCACCAGAAUAUCCAGGAGUGGUUCCGGCGUGGCACUCAGACCUCGCCCUUGACGAAUCUGCCCUUGGCCUCAAAGGAGUUGGUGCCGAACCUGGCGCUGAGACAGGCUGUGGCAGACUUCCACACGAAAGUGUGCCCUCUACUGCAAGAGGAGGUGGACCACCGAAAACGCCUUGAGAGCCGAGUGCACCUGCUCCUCCAACGCGAGGUGCAGCUGCAACAAGAGAUCUCGGGGAAAGAUGGCCAGCGCGAUGAGGCGAUGCAAGCCUUACUGGACUCCUUGCAAGAGCGCGAGGACGAGAUCUGCACCUGGCGGAACGGCAAGGAGGAGAUGCUCAAGGAGCUGGAGCAAUUGCGAGAACUGCACCAGGAGGAGCUCGCUCAGCAGAGGGAGGAGCAACAGAAGGUGUUGGAACUCUUGGAAGCGGAACAUGCAGUCGCCAUGAACAAGAUCAAGGCCGAGGGUGAAUCGCUGCGGCGACAGCGCGAUAACGCAGUGAGGAUCAUUCAAGGCCUCCGUCGCUCCUCGCAGCCCAAGGCCACGAGCCAUCCAGCGCGACCGGUCGUGACCGACCUCCUGGAGGUGGACUUGACCUUGCCCAGUGAGAACCUGGAGGCACGCUUUACCUUGAGGCACGCGAUCCAGCAGCGUGGAUAGUGCAUUGCCAGCGCUGCCGCGUGGGCAGGACCUCGUGACGGCCGGCACCUUCUCGAGUCUCCAUCCCGAAGUGGGAAGCCAUGACGUGGGCGGCACGCCAGGCUCAGAUCUUGCUUCCGGGCGCACCACGUCGCGUGGGCAGGCUCGACAGCGGUCCUCCUCAGCCACCAUGCAGAGGUCCGAACGGUCCAACCGGAGCGUGCUGUUCCGGAACCUGUUCCGCCGGCCAAACCUGAGCUGAGCAGCGAACAGAAAAAGGGGAGCCUGCGGCCGACGAGUCUCCAAAGCAACCGCCCCAAAAAACCGUC